GUGUCCCGGUUCCCGGGCUCUGUUUCCCGGUUCCGUGUCCCGGUUCCCGGGCGCUGUUCGGUGGCUCCCGCGGGGGCGCUCGGGACGCGGCGAUGCCGGAGCGGGGCGGCGGCGGCUCCGAGCGCGCCGCGCUGGCCCUGGCCCGGCUCUCCGAGUGGGCGGACGCGCACCUGGGGCUGCUGCGGGGCCUGAUCGCCGGCGCGGCCGUGGCCGGGGUGCUGCUGCUGGCGCGGAGCCUCCGCGUGACAACAAAGUUCACAAGUCCUUUGGAUAUACCUGUGGAGUUCAUAGAAAAGAAUGUGAAAUUGAGAGGGAAAUUACAUCACAUCACAGAGAAGGGCCUGGAAGUUGAGCAUGUUCCCAUCAGCAUUCCUUUCAUCUCAACCAUCCAGAGAAAAUGGCAGUCGGAGAGGCUCCUGCUGAUCCGCCUGGCCGGGGUGGAGCUGGCUCCAGGUGGCACAGCCUGGCUGCAGCAGGAGCUGCUCCCCAAACAGCCUCUGUGGUUCCAGCUGCUGGGGAGGGACAGCUCGGCCCUGGAGUGCCUCGUUCUAGUCCAUAAGGGUGGAUUUCGCAGCAUGUGCUUGAAUGAAGAGCUCUUGAGGCAAGGGCUGGCCAGAGCAGCCCGGAUUGAGGGGCUGCCUCACCACUCCCGCCUCUACUGGAAACUGCACAAACGGCUCCUCCGGGCUGAGUUAAAGGCUGUGAAGAAAAAUAAAGGCAUAUGGAAAGACCAAAACUACUCUGAAAGAGUCCAGGAGCGCAUCAGCAGCAAUAAAUUCCUGCAGAGGCUGAAACAGUUUGUGAGCUGGGUUAGAAGCUCUACUGAGAGGUGAAAAGGUGGGGAAUGCAGUUCCCCAGCUUGUGGGAUUUGUGUAUGUUAUGUAUGUAUGAUAUGUUGGUGUUCACAAACAGUGCUGUGAUGUUGAGGGUCCCUGUCUCAAACACAAACCCCACAGUUAAUGGGUUACACAGAAUAUAAACCCCCAGUUCCUGGUUAUUUAGAACGUAUCCCAUAUCACAACCCACAUGGGAUGGAAGUUCAGUAGCAGCAUGCAGGCCACAAUGAAAAUGUUCUGAUGCCAAACCUCCACAGUGAUGUCCUGAAUUAGUUGUCCACUUUCCCACCUGCUCAACUCCUCCAAGCUGUGCUGCCCAGUGGAGGUUUGAGGGGCAGAGACCCCUCACACCUCUAUAAUGUGCCAUUGCUGCCAAGCCCACACUGGACAGAAACCCCAUGUCAGGCCUUUACAAAGCUCAUGGGAUGGGUUUAAACACAACCUUUUUGUUUGAAUUCUGUUCUUACACUACUUUUUGGUGUAAUUUGUGGUUUAAAACUCGUUCAUCUUGAAUAACGGGUUGCAUUGUUAGUGAUAUAAAAGGUGAUUUGUUUUGGCUGAUCUUAAAAAGCUGAUAAGGCUGUAAUAACUAAAGUUCCUCAGGGGAAAAAAAAUCACUUGGUGUAUCAAAGAAUAUAAUGUCAGGAAUCCAAAUUUGUCAAGGAUAGCUUUCAUUUGAAGAGGAAAAACCCGUGUUGUUUCUUUCUGAUGCUUCUGUAAGUAUCUAAGAUUAGAUUAAUAUAAAACUUUAACAUGAAAUUUGACAAGGAGAAUCAGACUGUUCUAAGAACUUGGAUUUUUGCUUUAUUUUUGAUACACAUGUGAAGUAUGUGAGUAUUAUUUUUAUGUUGUAAAUAUUCACAAAAUAAAGAUUGAA